AUGACACAUCAACAGCUUCUUCAGCAGGAGCAACAGCGUCGUGAAGAAGCCGAGCGACAAGCUAACGAGCUCUCAUCCGCCUUAGCCGAACUUAGACAGCAAUUUCAAGCGAUGCAGGCAGAACGCAGCAACGAGGCUCAAAGCAAUCGAGAAUUUUUGGCUCGAGUGCAGCAUGAACGCGAAUCAUGGAUAAACGAGCGGCGUCUGCUGUUGGAUAAACUCGCGGCAGAGCAGGCUACAGCGGCAGCAGCGACGGCAGCAGCAGAACGAGCAGCGGCGGCAGCAGCCGCAGCAGCAGCGUCGGCUGUGACAGAGCAGGCGGCGGCAGCAACAACAGCAGCAGCAACGGCCGGAACAGAGCAAGGGACGGGCGGAGCCUCAACUCCAACACAGGAUCAAUCGAAUUCUAUGGUCACAGCUGAAGCUACUCAUAGAAAUUCUAUUGGCGUCCUCACGGCGAACAACAAUCAGGAAAAUCGCCAUGAUUCCAACGGUUCUGGAUUUUCACCGGUCGCAGACAACCAGGCGAUGUAUUCGCAGCUUAAUCGAACACCAACAGGCAGCAUAUCUGACGCAGGAACAAUAUUAUCCGAUUUGCAGCAAGUCCUUAGGCGCGUACCACUGUCAGUCUCUAUGGAACAACUGCAGAAAUACAGUGCUGAUUCUCCAACCCAGCCAGUUCGGGCGUGGAUCGUUAGAGUCGACGAAGAUGCUACAAUUCAUGCUUGGUCUCCCGUAGAGAAGUUCAUAGCGGCAAAAAGAGCACUAAUAGGUACCGCUCGGAAAUGGCUCGAUGGUCAAAAAGGCAUAAUAUCAUGGGAAGAGUUGAAAACACGUAUGAUAGAAUCCUUUGGAAAACGUGUCAAAUCUUCAGACAUACAUGAAGCUCUAAGCAAGCGGAAGAGAAGAAGAGAUGAGACUAUUUUGGCUUACGUUCAAGAGAUGGAACUACUAGCAUCUCAGGCUAACUUGGACGAAGACGAGAUAAGGCAAUACAUCGUCAAUGGUGUAACGAAUGACCAAUCUAUUAAAUUAACACUUAUUGGUGCUUCAUCUCGCCUGCGAUUCAUGGAACUACUUGAGUCUCAUGAAAAAAUGAAAGCUCGGGAGUCGGAGGAGCAUAAUCAACGUCGGCACCACCAUAGACAAGGUACAAAGCGCUGUUAUAACUGCAACAAGUACGGGCACCUCCGAAAAGGCUGUACCGAGGCAACUUUAGAAGCAACCCGACCAGGUCUAGGACAAUCAGGAGUCCAGGAACGACCUUCUAAUUUCAAGGAAGGCCUAAAGGCCAAUUCUCGAAACUUCGUCCAGUACAAAGGAAAAACACAAAACAAUUCUGCACCUAAAAUCAACCACAUUCAAUACAAAAGUGGUAAUCGCAAUCGGAUUACAGCAUACAUUGGAGGAGUUAUCGAGAAUUGCCAAGUCGACAGUGGCGCAGAUCGCAAUGUAAUGAAAGAGGAUUUUUACAAACGCAUCGAAGAUCGUUUCCCAUUGAACGGCGAACAAGGAACACUCAGCGGAGCUGGUGGCCUUAUCUGGACAUUGGGAAAUGUAAGGAUACCAACGGUGAUCAAUGGCACGGAGUACAUACUAAAAUAUACCGUAGUGCCAGAAGAAAAUUUACCAUCAAGAAUUCUCUUAGGUGAUCCUAUACUCGACGUUGCCAGGGUUUUUCUCAGUAAGGAAGGACCACAAAUAGAACCAAUCAUCGGCAACGACUUCGUACAACUUAUUGAGGAAGAGAUAAGCGAAGCUAAAGAUGGGGUCCGUCAAGCAAUUAUCAAGGUACCAGAGGCAAGGAGGGAGCAAAUUAGGCAGUUAUUAGAAAAUUAUUCCGCAAAUAUGCCUCCUCAAACCUCGGUUAAAAUGUCGAUUAGGCUAAAGAACACCCAGCCUAUUGCAUGUCGACCGAGGCGCCUAUCUCCAGCCGAUGAAGUCGAUGUCAAAAAACAACUUGAGGAAUGGACGAAAAAAGGCGUAGUAGUUCCUGGAAUUUCCGAAUAUGCGAGUGCUAUUGUCGUUGCUUGUCGAAAAGACGGACGCGCCAGGAUAUGCAUCGAUUAUAAGCCUCUCAACAAAGUCGUCGAACGUGAACAACAACCAAUGCGACUUAUAGAAGAUGCCGUAGACUCAGUUGCGAACUCCGUGGUGCACUCCACGCUGGACCUCCAAGAUGGCUUUUUUCAUGUAGAAGUAUCUGAGGAGAGUCAGAAGUACUUGUCCUUCGUCACUCCAUGGGGACAAUACAUCCCGAAAAGAGCUCCUUUCGGCUUCUGCAAUUCACCAGCUGCAUUCCAAAGAUUCAUACUGAAUGUUUUUCAAGAACUCAUCAAUGAAGGCAUAAUGUAA